AUGCUUUCCUCUCUUGUCCUCCUCACCCCCCUUCUCGCCGGCCAGGGCCUCGCCGCCCAUUUCGGCUCUCAUCUCGCCGAGAUGGAAAUCUUUAAGCGCCAGAGCGACAGCGAGGCUUUUGUGCCCGGCACUACCCCUGGCUGUCCUUCUAACUGGCCUAUGUGCGGAACGAGCGGCAUCUGCUACAACCCCAAACAAGGACAGACCUGCUGCCCGGGUGGAAAGUAUGCCUGCCCGGCGAACUCGUUCUGUCUGCAGGCGCCGUACUGCUGUCCUGAUGGUCUCGAUCCCGAGACCUGCGCCCAACGAUACGGCAUCACCUUAUCUCCAAGCUCAACUGAAGAGCCUGUCCCGGAACCCACCGACACCAGCGUGCCCACGGAGCCCACUCCAGAGCCAACCGACACCGUCGAGCCCACUGUUUCCCAGCCGACUGGCCCUGAACCCACCGAUACCGUGACUGAGCCCACCGCGACUGAGCCAGAGCCUACCGAGACCGCUCCGGAGCCGACGACCUCGAACCCGGUGAUUCCUAAGCCCCCGACUUCGACUGAACCGUCUGUGCCAUCGAGUACAGCGAACCCUACCCAGUCGACUGCGACUCCUUCUACGCCGCUGUUCACUGGUGGCGCGAAUGCCAAGGAGGUUGCUGGUGGCGUGGCGAUUGCUCUCGGGGGCUUGGGACUAUUGGGUAAUUUGAUUUAG